CCACUGCCAGUGCUGAUUUUUUUUCCACUUCACAUGUGUCUGACUCAAAGGUUUUCAUUUUCACACUCAUGAGUUUGCAGUGGGCUAAUUCUUGCUCUCUUUGAGGCUACCAGAGCCAUGCGGAGCCUGAUUUUGUUGUGCCUGCUCUGCAGCACCAGUGCCAAGCCAGAAGAUCUUUCUGGGAAGUCCAUGACCUUCUUGGAUCUCAACAGAGCUGAGGAUGACCACACCCACGUCAUCCUUCCCAUGGCCAAGAGGGUCGAUUCUGCCACACUGUGCCUGAGGUACCUCAUGGACCGCAUAAGGGAGUCGUUGAUGUUCUCCAUCUCCCACUCGGACCCCUCCCACUCCGGCGUGUACCUGGAGAAAAGCUACGACGAGGAUGAGCGCGAGCGAGAGCUGGCGGUCUUCCAGCUCUUCGUGAACGGCACCAGCCAGGCCAGAUUCUCCUUCCCAGGGCCGCAGGAGAAACGCACAGAGUGGAACUCGCUGUGUGUAUCGUGGGAUGCGCAGAAGGGCAGCGCCGCACUGUACCUGAACGGCGUUGAGAAAGGGUCCCUGAAGGAAACGCCGGCCGAGCCGCUGUCAGGUCCUCCCGGCGAUGGAGCUUCGCCGAGGGUCACGUUGGGCAGACGUUACGACGCGGAGAACGCUUUGUGGCGGGACGAUGACUUUGAUGUAGAGCUCAAAGACGUGCACGUUUGGGACUCUGUCUUGUCCUCCGCUGAGAUCCAGAAGUAUAUCGACGAUAAGACAGGGAGUGCGACCUUCACUUCAGGCAAUGUAGUGAACUGGAAAGCGCUAAAUUUCGAAGUUAAGGGCAAAUUUUUGUUGCUAAGGGAGUUGAAUAAAUGUGAAUAGAAUGCUACAUUGCUACCAAAAUCUUUGCCUUGACAGAGCCAAACAGGUUGUAAUCGCAAUUCUUGGCAUCGAGAUGAGUUUAUACUGGCUAUAGACUUUAUAAUAGGCCUAUCUCUUUUUUUGUCUUAUAUAAUACAUCUUGUGUGUUAUUGUCACUGUUUCUUUCUUCUUGCUAUAGAAUUAAGUAUGAAAAGUGUCACCAUGAGGCUAUCUUACAGAAAUAGACUGUGGUUCGCAUUCACAAUGUUAAAAGCAUGUAUGUCUUAUGUACUGUAGUUGGCCACAGUUUCUGCACUUUGCAUUUGUAGGGGGCAGCCUUGGUCUAAUGGUUAAAGGCGUUGGUCUUGGUUUGCAGGUUCUUAUCCCACCGGUACUAUAUACCCGUUGGAAAAUGUAUUCACCACCAUCCAUGGGUUUAGUGCCCUAACCUCACACUACUCUAGACAUACCCUGUAAUAACUGUAAAUCGUGUUGGCCUUGGCCGUUGGUCAAACGGCUAAGGCACCAUACUGUUACUCCAUGGACCUGGGUUCGAUUCCGGCCCAAGGUCAUUUUUCGAUUCUCCCUCAUCUCUCUCUCCCGCUCGCUUUGUGUCUCCUCUGACACCUUUCUAUGGAAAUAAAGGCCAAAAAGUACUUGAAAAAUAUCAGCUAAGUGUAAUGUAAUGCAAGUUGAAUGCAAUUAGACAUUAUUAGUUAUCCAAAAGGAAUCGUGGGAAUUGUGAGCCUUAAAAUGUAGUAAAACUUCAGAAACCUGUUAGACGGCAGCAAUGAAAUUAAAUUACAAAUUAAAUUACUAAAUACAAAAUUCCAAUGUGUGACUUUCAUCCAUAUUCUUUUCCAUUUCCAUGUACAAUUACAAUAUAUUAAUGUUGUUCUGUAUUAAUGCUGUUCUGUCACCAUCGGUUCUCUGCUAAUCACACACAACAUAUAUGUCUGUAUGUAUACAGUAGAUAUGAAAACUAGUUGCAGUGGGCAGAAUUUUGGCAUGGGCCAACCCUGAGCGCCGCUGUCUUGGGCCGGGGUCCUGAUAUUUCUCUUUGAUCAUACCGCCCCCUACAGGAAAUUAUGCUUGUUGCCUAAAGUGUCCCAAACCUGAAGGAUUCGCUUCUGUUACGGUUUUGUACCGCACCUAUUGCUACAUGUCCUUAGGCCUAUGCUUUGCUGUGUUUCUCAGUCCAUUAUUUAGGCUAUGUCUUUGAUGUUGUUAGCUGGAAGGCCAAAAUAUGUAAGAAUAUACAAAUUGGAAUAGUUCAAGAUGUGAGCAAUGAAUCUAUAAUCCAUGAAGGUUUAACAUU